AAAUUAUCUUGUUUGCUUAAAUGUGUGGUAGGAAUUUGAGAAUUUUAAUUUAAAUUGUUUCACAUUCGUCAGUGCUUUAUUUUCCUUAAUUUUUUAUAAAUUUUCCUAACCAUUAGAAUUCAUUUAACGCUGUUUUAUUCAUCAGAUUUCAAAAAUGUCGUUGAAUCUUCAGAAGAAACUGGACGAGAAAAUGUCAAGUGAAUCCGGUACCAUGUCUCUUUCUCAAUGCAUGAGUAAACACGCUUCUGAGUUUACUAAGGCGGCCGCUGAGAAACGUCUCAAGGUUACGAAUAAGGACAAGGUUGAGGAGUUCACCGGUGAAGGGACCAGAGAGAGUGAGCCUUUGGAGCCCGUAAAUGAAAACCACUUCGUAAAACCUCAGCAGCUAUAAUAACUUAAUUCUCUGUAAACUACUUUAAUCCCAUAAUCUCACUAAUACACUUUUA